ACCCGAUGUCAACGCGGCUGCGUUAGCUUUUGUGAAGGAGUGUGUAGCAUACGGCGAUGAAAAGGCUCAAUUUUCACCAUUACAGCCAUAUUCAUUCACCAUGACAUGUUAUGAGGAGGAAGAAGAGGUAAGUAUAAACAAGUGUGUGAAAAUCUAAGAGCCUUUUUUAAUGUAUAUACUGAGUUACUUGUGAUUUUGUUUAACUAACAGUUUGAACUUGGAAGCUGUCAUGGCGGGGCGGUGAGCAGGAUUAGUCCCUUGGGUUUAUUUUUUCCAUUUUUUUCGUAAACUAUGUAUUGUUUCAGCCUGCCGUGUUAUAAAAAAGUAAGGGAAGGUAAGGCAGAGAAAGUGUAUGUGAAAUUAUGCAUCUUUAUUAAGUGUUUAUGGGGCUAUUUGUAAGUUUGUCGUGAAACGUGACAGGACAGACUGCUUUACUUGAUGGGAUGAGUCACCAAGGUGUUCCGGAGUCUUCUAAUUUUCUUUUCUUAAGAUAUUUGACGGUUUUUUUUUUUCACCUAUUCUGGUUAUUUAAUGAGUUUUGCGAGUGCGUUGGUUAGUGUUAUGAGUCUGUAGUUAUGUUAGAUUUUCUGGAUUAUCUACGUAUUCCGGGCCGUCACCGGAAUACGCCUGUGGCGUGUUGUGCGCUGUGCAGGGCAAGAGGAGAAAUACCUGUAGCUGUCCCAGAAGAAUGUGGUGGUGCUGCUGGAGACCUUCUAUGUGAGUGUGGCCAAAGGGGAUGGGCGGCAUGAAUACUUGGAUACCAGUGGACACAGCCUCCUCUACCUGCACUUAGCUCAGCACAUGUGUGACAAGGCCUACCUCAAUGUGGAAGGGCACUGCUGCUCGUCGAAGGACUUUUGGGACUGCCAGCAGAUGCAACACUGUAGACCAGGAUCACUCCAAGGGACACUGCUGGAGAAAACAUCUCAGGACAUGAGCAAUGCUAAAGAGUUGAGUAAGGAUGAGAGAAAGAAGAAAGCCUUGAGCAGCGAGGCUGCAGGAAGUGGGGAAGCUUGCCUGGCUGGUGUCUUCUUCCUGGCGUGCUUCUGUCGUCUCCCGUUGCUGGUCCAUUGGCUGCAGCGACCUUGCCUUCACCCACAUCGACCCAUCCUGGCAGUCCCUACGUUGUUCAGAGAUGAUGGUAGCUUUAAGCAUGUCGUGGCCCUUAUGUUUGCCAUCGAAGACUUUGUGUCACGCUUCGGCACCAACCUGCACUGAUCUGCCCUGUACAUGGAACAAGCCUUGUCGCAACACUAAGCAAGUAAAGGCAGUCGAUCUAGAUCCCAGGUAUGUCUUAAUGCCAACAGUUUGCUAGACAAAAUCACAUAUGGCCAAAUUUCACCAUAGAUACCAUUAAGCUCUAUGUUAACAUAUGAUUGAUUAUAUUCAUCGGAUAAGGAUCUAUAUCAAUGAAACUUAUAAAAUAUAGCAGUAAAUCUCUUGUGUAACUUAUAGAUCUUUUUUGGUAAGGUGGAAGAAAAAUGUUUUUUUCAUCAGUUCUCCUCUACAUUUCAUGUUAUCAUAAUGCAACAAUCUAUAGAACAGAAAACCUUCUAUACUGCCUAAAAAACAGGCAGCUUCAAAAAAAAUUUGUAUUCAAUAUUAAUAUUAUUUAGCUUGUAAGAGUUUAAUCUGAUUUAGCUUUUGUUUUAAAGUGGUCAACCCUGCACCAGCUUUAUAAGCCAUCCCAGGUUUGGACAAAGCAAUUUCUUUCAGAAUUCAGACAGCUUGCACUCAAGUUAAUGUUUGUUAUAAUGCGUGGAAGACACAGAAGUCUGAAAGGAGUUGGUUUGCAUUUAAUGUUUAGAAACCAGUUUGCUGCAUGUCCUUAGUUUUUUUUGCUUGCUUCUAGCAAUAUGUCUAAAGAUUCUUUAAGGCAUUCUGCACUAAUAGCAUUUUGAUGAAUCUUCUAUUACUUUUUGGUAUUCAUGCUUCUUGGUACCAGCAUUGUGAGCUUUCAUACAUAGAAAAAUCUACUGUGUGUUGGCAACAUUUGUUUCUCUGUCCGUGAAGGUACAGUAAGCUCUCAAUUAACGCAAGGAUUACGUUUCUGAAAAUGUUGCAUUAUUCAGUCUCUUUAAACAGCUACUCCAUAGGAAUUAUUAUAUUAGAAGGGGGUUGCAUUCCUGGAGCCUUUGAAAGUCUGCUUAUUGUGGGGCUUUUGUUACUUUAACCUCAAAGAAACAUAUCAAUAAUACAUUAGUAAGUCAUGUCAUUAAGUCUAUGCUUGUGUUAAAUAGAAGAUAUCACAUUAGUUGAUCAGAUCUCCUUUAGUAUAAACUCAAUUAAAUACAUAAUACAUUGUUUUAACUCACAUUACUUGAGGGCUUACUGUCACACGCUUGCCUUGAAAGAAGUAUUUGAUUGUGUUUCAUGAUUUGCAGGAUGGACACCUCAACUGAAUGGUCACUUAUCCCUCGGUCAGAACAUUACAGGGCCUGUACCUUUUCGCCCAGCUUCAAUUCAGGGGAAGCUUUUGUCAUUUAUGGCUCAACAUUCAUCACCAACUUGUUAUGGACAAGUGCUUUUCCCUAACAGAUUGAGCAGACAGCCACCCACCAUCACUAAGCUUGCAGAGGCAUUCAGCAACUACAACUCUUCAUUAUCAUUUGUUGAUUUUGUUAAAGAGCAUUUAGAUGUUGGAGAUAUUGAAUUUAUACAGUCAAAUACACAUGCCCAGUACAAAUCACUUAUGUGGAAAAAUCCGAGAGUUGGAACUUUGACUUCAACAACUUUGCACAAGGCAGUCCACUACAAGGGCAGUGACAGUAAAAACUAUAUUGUGGACGAAAUAAUGGGACUCUCAGGUUUUAAAGGAAAUUUGAGUACUAAAUAUGGUAAGGAAACGGAGCCCAUAGCAAAGAAGCCAUACAUCAAAGAAAUGAGAAAAAGAAACUACAAACAAUUCAAAUUUCAAGGGUGUGGACUUUUUAUAAAUAAAGACAAUCCACUUCGUAGAGCAACUCCUGAUGGCAUUGUCAGUUGCAAAUGCUGUGGCAAAGGUUUACUAGAAGUGAAAUGCCCCUUUAGUAAUAAAUACAGAUUUUUAAGUGGCAGGGAAAUAGCCACUUCUAACACUUACCAUGUCACCAUUGGGGAAAAUAAUGAAGUUACUCUGAAACAGUCCUCUCCUUGGUACACACAAAUUUCAAACCCAUUUAGGUGUUUCUGGGUUUGAUUGGUGUGAUUUUGUAAUGUUUACACAAAAAAGUCCUCGUUUAACAGUGCAAAGGAUAUAUUUUGACAAAACUUUUUUUGAUAGCAAUACAAAAUAUGCGAUGAAUUUCUAUAACAGAUUUGUCCUGCCAAAUCUCCGUAAGUCCAGAGUAACUGAAGAGGCACAUAGUACUUAACCCCUAAAGGGCCGGCCUGGGUGGUCAUCUACAACAUCCACAGGACCGGCACCUCAGCACCAAACACCGAAAAUAGCCUAUAUUCACACACUUGAUUCUGCUGAACUACAAUGCAAUAACAAAUUACUUUGUCGUCAUAGUCAUCAUCAACUCUUCUUCUUUUUAA